GCUGGUAACCUUGGUAACUGACAACUUCCGAUGAGCGGGACCCGGGCGUAGAGCGAUGGCGGAGCCGAGACUCGGAACCGAGCUGGCUUCACCAUUCCCAAUAGCUACAGAACCUCAGAAACCCCGCCCAAGAAAAGUGCCAGAGCUGCCAAUCUUGGAGAGAAGGAACUGGCUGAUACACCUGCACUACAUCCGCAAAGAUUAUGAUGCAUGUAAGAUUGCUAUCAAAGAGCAACUCCACGAGACUCAGGGAAUGUGUGAAUAUGCAGUCUAUGUUCAAGCCUUGAUACUUCGUUUAGAAGGGAAGAUUCAAGAAUCCCUAGAACUUUUUCAGACAUGUUCCAUUCUAAAUCCUCAGAGUGCUGACAACCUCAAACAGGUGGCACGAUCAUUGUUUCUGUUGGGGAAACACAAAGCAGCUAUUGAAGUAUACAAUGAAGCAGCUAAACUCAACCAGAAGGAUUGGGAGAUCUGCCACAACCUGGGCGUGUGCUACAUGUACCUGAAACAUUUCAACAAGGCAAAAGACCAGCUGAAUGAUGCCUUGCAGCUCAACAGGCAUGAUCUGACAUACAUGAUGCUGGGAAAAAUUCACCUGCUGCAAGGGGAGACCGACAAAGCCAUCGAAGUCUAUAAGAAAGCAGUGGAGUUUUCUCCAGAAAACACAGAGCUGCUUACGACCCUGGGUUUACUCUAUUUGCAGCUUGGGGUUUAUCAGAAGGCAUUUGAACAUCUUGGAAAUGCACUUACAUAUGAUCCCACCAAUUAUAAGGCUAUCUUGGCAGCUGGCAGUAUGAUGCAGACUCACGGUGAUUUUGAUGUAGCCCUCACCAAGUACAGGGUAAUAGCCUACACCAUGCCUGAAAGCCCCCCAUUAUGGAACAACAUUGGAAUGUGCUUCUUCGGCAAGAAGAAAUACGUGGCAGCUAUUAGUUGCUUGAAGCGAGCCAACUACUUAGCUCCUUUUGACUGGAAGAUUCUGUACAAUUUGGGGCUAGUCCACCUGACAAUGCAGCAGUAUGCAUCUGCUUUCCACUUUCUCAGCGCCGCUGUCAACUUCCAGCCCCGGAUGGGAGAGCUCUACAUGCUCCUGGCAGUGGCUCUGACAAACCUCGAAGAUGUUGAGAAUGCUAAACGAUCCUAUGAGCAAGCUGUAGCGCUGGACCAGUGCAAUCCCCUGGUCAAUCUGAAUUACGCUGUGCUGCUCUACAACCAGGGGGAUAAGAAGGGAGCACUAUGCCAAUACCACGAGAUGGAGAAGAAAGUCAAUGCCCUGAAGGAGAACAGCACUCUCGACUUUGAUCCUGAGAUGGUGGAUGUGGCUCAGAAGGUGGGAGCUGCCCUGCAGGCGGGGGAGAGUCUGGUGUGGACUAAACCCGUCAAAGAUUCCAAAUCAAAGCAGCGAGCCGCUACUUCUAGCAAACCCUCUAGCACUCAGCAACCUCUGGGCUCUAACCAAGCCCUGGGUCAGGCCAUGUCUUCAGCAGCUGGGUAUGGGAAGACUAUGCAGCUUUCUACAGGUGCUGGAGCAUCGGCUCCCCUUGCAAAGCCCCCAUCGAUGCCUCUGGAACCUGAACCGGGCUCAGAAACAGGCCCCGAAGAGACCACACUCCUUACAGAGCCCCAAGAACGGAGAAAAGAGAAGCGCAAAAGCAGGCCGACCACAGAAUAGAACAGCAGCACUGGAUGGGCUGGGCAGGCGUGGGGCCUGCUGGGCUGUUGGGAGCAAAAUCUUCACUGCCACCCCUUAACUCAAGCAGUGAGGAAGGCAGCUGCCCUCAGCAUGGCCUGCAGUGACUUCACCAUACUGUGAGCUUAGGCAAAAUGCAGCUGGAUGCUGAUACAGUGACAUUAGCACCUGGCCUCAUCCUUGUCUCAGUGAUUCUUUGCUCCAUGGCACCCAGAAGAGGUUCUGAUAAGCUGCCCACUAGUGCUGCUGUAGGACUGCAUGAGGUAACUGAGGUGCAAUCUCCUUCCUUGAGGGUGGGGCUGCUGUAGCAUUGCACAUAAGUGCUGAAUCACUGAGAUGGGCUGAGUCAGCAGGAUGGUUUAGCAAGGGCCAACUACAGUGACUGCACAGCUUUUAAAGCAGUAGCUUGGACCAGCUCUCUAGUUAGAGCCCAGAGACCAUCAUGUCCCUUUAGCAAGUGAGCCUUUUCGCUGGCUCAGAGGAAGCUCUACCAGCCCCCUGUAGUAAGGUCAGUGGAAGAACUGGAGGAGGGGAGAAGCUAGAAAAAUUAACAGAAGUGAGUGGAAGCCAGAUCAGUCCAAGGAGUGAAACAACCCUGAACGCAGGCCUGGAGGAGGGGCACCAGUUCAGGCUAUGCUCAUUGAUGAUAAUGUGAGAGGCUACUCUGCAUUGCUCAGAGGGAGAUGUGUGCAACCUGCAUGCCUGUUUACCAAAGCCCAGCCUCUGUCGGGGUUGUCCAAAAACCUGGGGAAAGCAUUUCCAGCCCCCUUUCCUCAGGCAGCUAGCUCACAUUGGGAGAGGAGCUCCCUCCCUCAGAGCUGUUCGCAGUGCUGUCAGUCCUGCAAGGUAGAGGUGACAGGGACUGGGAGGGAGCAAACUUCUCUGUAAUAGACUCACCCUUCAGCCAGUAGCAAAUGAAAGGAGAUUGGACUUUCAUCCACAGUGUAAGUCUCUUGCUGGCAGAGCAGAGUUACGGCAGGCAGGGGGCACUUUGAUAACCCACUAACACGCUGCCUCAGUUUGGUGGGAGUUUUAAAGAGUGUGGAGUAAUUUACCUUCAAUGUCCAGCUCUCCUGUUUGUUCUGGUGGUGACAGGCUGGAACCAAUUCCAUUCCCACAGUCACUAAGUGACAAGGGACGGGCUGACAGAGCCAAACAGAACUGGAAAGAGUGGCUCCUUUAUUUCUGCCUUUUCCAGCAUCCCUGGGGAACUUACACCUGUAGAGAAUUCUCUUCCUGAAACAUAGACUCAUGGCCUCAGGAAAGCUGGGAGGUAGCAGGCACGAGGCUGUGUUGGAACUGAGAAUUAGCCUGUUUCCUUAGGGUUACUUACCUUCUGAUCCCCUUCCUCCCUCCUGUUGACACUAACUGGGUCUAAUUUUAUUAAAGCCAUUGAGGUUGGACAACCUGGGUAGUGACCGUCUCUACAGUUCCAUCAAUUCCAACCCUUUCCAGACUCGACUGCAGCCUACAAGGGAAAACUGGCACCUUGUUUGUUUUUUAAACUUCAGUCCAUUCAGCCCCACACGUGCUGGGAGGGGAAGAUUAUUACCACUAAAGAAAUGGUGGUAACCCAAAGCACCUGUACACUGGGGCUGUCUUGUUCUCCAGAAGUGAUGGAGAGGAGGGGACCAUAUUAAGGGCUUCUCAAAUACAGCCCUUUGUGGUAAUCACUAGUGCUCAAGAAAGUAGCAUAGUUAGCCUGAGCCAGGGCUGUUGCUGGGACAACCUGACUGAGGAAGAUGAUUUGGCAAUGACAACACAGCAAGAUCCUCAAUGUGCUCCCUUCCCCACACGGGUAAGAGCAGAGUCUAGGCUUUGCAUUUCAUAACUUGCUGCUAGUUAUACCAGUUCAGUCAUUUAAAGUUUCCUUUUGCUAAGAUAGCUCUCACCUUUUGAACAACGUAGCUAUUGUCAACUUUACCCCAGCCUGGCAGAGGAGACUUUUUUCCAGCAGCUGCCGCUAGGCUAAGCACCUCACACCUGAAUGGAGCCAUCCGAGGCUGUUUUCCUUCUGAGUUAAGAGACUAGUUAAACUAAAGGUUAGGCCAGUUUCUCUGCCCUUCACCCACUAACAGUUUGUAUCUCUUAGCUGCCCUCAGUUCCACAGAACACUCCAGCCAAAAAAAGCUGUGUUUUCAACAUAAAACAGAACCACUGCCAUCUACAUAAAAUGUCAGGAUGGUGUAGCCCUUGUCUGUCUUGCCCCACAGUGAUUGCGAUCAGUCUAAUCUCAGUUCAAGCCCCUAACACACCUUAGGCCACUGAAUUAAUAACUUGUGCAAGGAACCCUUGAUAGGAACCUAAACAGUGUGUUUCACAGGUUUUCUGUACCUACAGCUUCCACUGCUGUCAGUGUAUCAGGUGCUCAGACCUCUGAAAGGCCUAGCCUAGGCAUCAUUUACAAGUCCUAUUCUAGCUGUAUUAUGGGAUAAUGACCUUCAAGUUGCAUCAGUGUUAUUUUGCAUAAUCAACAGUAACUAAUCAGAGUGUACAAGAGAGGGCAAUUAAGGUUACCGGAUCCUUAGUUUAGUCACCGAAUGCCUGGUGCAACGUGGGCCAGGUUCUGGGAAUAACCACAGCCCCCCGUUGUACAUUCCAAUUAGCUACUAUUGUGCAAAAUGACACUAAUGCAAUUUUAAGGUUAUUAAAACGCAGUCAGGAACCAAAGUUAAUGUAUUUUGGGGGUUUAACUGACAUGGCUGAUGAGAUCUUGUCUAUUAAACACACUAAAUGAACAGCAACCGUUCACAAUUUUUGAUUUGUAACCAAAGUGCCCUGUUUAAACUAGGUUUGACUUCUUCACAACCCAUUUAACCGGUGUUGCAGUUAUUUUGUAUUACAGCAGCUGCUAGAGGCAUCCAUGUGGAUCAAGGCCCCCCGGGGCUAGGUGCUAUACAAAACAGAGUUCUUUCCCUGGAGAGCUUAUAAUUUAAGUAUACAAGACAAACGGUAGGUGAAAUGGGAAGCAACUUACUAGAAUGAUCAGUUAUGAUUUAGGUAUCAUGUUAGGUGCAGUUUUAUAUUGAAAUAGUCAUGCUGAAUGUUACUGCAAUUUCCAUGGGGUGCAUGUGAGAGGAUUGAUUUUUACUGGAAGAGCACAAAGCUGGCCAAGGACUGCUCUUCACUUCUAAAGUAUGGAGAGAAUUUUUUUUUUAAUAAACACAAUUUGCUUCAGCAUCAGCAGCCCCC